GCACAAUACUUUUAGACUUUUACUCAAGUAGUAUUUUACUGGGUGACUAACAUUUUCUUGAGUCACUUUAUAAUAAGGUAUCUAUACUUUUACUCAAGUAUGACAAUUGGGUUUGUGGGCCACGCACCCAUUGGAUAUAAAACACUAGAACCAUUACAAUUAUACAAAUGGGGGUAAUGCUAAUUUUCCAGCAAGGUUUCCAUGAUUCAGUUUAGCACAGUUGGCAAACAACAGCUGGUAGAGUGCACCAAAGCGGUUUAGGGUCUCAUGUACUCCGUCAACAUGCUGGGACUAUUCCGUUUGAGACUCGGGACUCAGACUCAGGGGGCUUCUUGCGGGCCGAGCUCUUCCAGAGUCCAGCAUAAUCAUAUUACUCUAGGCUGAGGCUAAUGGUACUCGGGUCGAGUCCACUUCAGCUUAUCUGGCACAAUUCACUUCUUCAGGAGUAGGGACAUUUUAGAUUUUUAUCCUGCAGGUGAUGAAACACCAAUAAAUAAAUACAUUUUUAUUUCACCUCCAUCGAAUUUGCUAGGUCAUUAGCAAGCAACAUUUUGUGACAGUCUGUGGCCCAAUCAGAGAUGGUCCCUAAUUUAUAGGAUGCUUUAAAUGCUUUUGAAUUUACCACAGGCUAUGGCAAUGCUUUUUGUAGUUGCAGUCCAACGAAUUGAAAAGUGCACAUUCACCUCCAUAACAUUUGUUCUCGGCUACCAGCAUGUAAGACAAGCAUGCACAAUAAUACAGGAUAUCCUUACAAAAAUGCACUGCUGUUAAAAUGCAGUGAAACUGCAGUACAAUUAAAUCAUGUUUUUUAAAUGAAGAAUAUCCGGUGGCUUGCUGUGUGUCUUCUAAUGGUAACCGUUUGUUUAUUUUGCUGUGCAUUUUCUUCUGUUCCACCGAAUGCAAUUUCGAUUUUCUUAACUAAAUUUGUUUUCAGAAUUUAACAAAAUACACGUAGGCCUAUAUAUUUUAUUUAAAUAUCCUAAUACAAUCCACCAAUAUUUACAAACCCCUAUUUUUAAUCCAUUUAUUUCCAUCAAUAAUUUGUAAAAAAAUAUUGUACCUGAAUUUGACCCUGAAAAUAAUUUAUGUUUUCCUUUAAAGCUUUUGAGCAAUUCAAAUUACUGCACAUAUUAUUUUAAUUUCAGUAAGUGCAUUUUAAUUUCAGUAGCUAAAUGAAGAGGUAGGCAUAUCUGGUCCAACUAAAAUUUGGAUUGGAAUCUGUGCCUCGGUCGCAGCAAUAUAUGUCUGUGUGCUUCGCAGGCAGCCUGCUUGCUCAAGCGCAUUGCUCAAGCGUCAACACAGCUGGAAAACAAAUACUGUUUCUCGAAAUGUAUACAAAAAACUGUUUUACUUUUGUAAGUAGAGCGGCGGUUAGUUGGGGAGAAUAAUGUCAAGGAAAGUUUUUCUAGCAAGCUAACGUUAGCUCUCUAGCUAAUCCCCCAUGGACGUGCAGUCCUUGGCCACCCACUUAGUUACCAGUGACCUAUUCUGCCACGUCCCAGGAAAAGAAGAGAACAGAACCACCCCUUAAAUCCAUAGUCAUUGACAGUCUCGCCUGAUCUAAGUUUGCGAAAACCUUGUGUCCUGAUUCCACACAGACCUCCCUUGACUGCCAAGCUGUCCUCAAUUGUGGGAUCUUCUGUCUGGGACAAUGUCCUCAGGAUUAUGAAGCAGUGUGUUUUAUACAAAGUUGUUUGCAUAUUACAACAUGUAUUCGAUUAAGCAAAACUUCACCAUUUAGAGAUGAGUUCAAAAAAACAACUACUGUCUACUUUUGGUAUCGUCUUUCUUAGUGUUUCGGAUUGAUGACCAAUUAAUUAAUGUCCCACUUCAAUAUGAAGGGACAGAGAAGCAAACAUGCCUUUGCUGUCACUUGUUUGUUCUCCAUUGUACUUGGUAAGUAAUUGUGAGCAUUUGAGACAUUUGACAAUGAUAAAUUUUUAGUAGAUUCUGACUGUUAAAUAUAUUUUACUGUGUUCCUGUUCUGUUGUGUCCUGCAUGUCCACGUUAUACCAAUCUUGAUUUAUUUUCUUCUCUUUUUAUGCUUACAGCAAGUGUCAUGAAAAGCCUGAAAACUCAGGAAGUUGAUGUGUUACGGGCCCUAGGGACAGUCCUAAAAUGUGUCCCGGACUGCCGUGGUGGAGAACGACGCAAAAUCUGACCCAUCACACUAGUCAUCAAGAGGACCACUACGCUCCAGAUCGCCUUCUCUGCUCUAAGGUAUGGUGCAGAAACUGGACCAGAAGCUCCCUGUGGCCAACGAGUACCUACUACUGUCAGGUGGCGUGCGAGAGGGUGUGGUCGACAUGGACUUAGACGAGCUGAGUGUCUACGCCCGCGGCACCGACUAUGACAUGGACUUUACCCUCCUCGUGCCCGCGCUCAAGCUGCACGACCGCAACCAGCCGGUGACUUUGGACAUGCGCCACUCAGCCCUGUGCCACUCGUGGCUGAGCCUGCGCCUCUUCGACGAGGGCACCAUCAACAAGUGGAAGGACUGCUGCACCAUGGUAGACCACAUCAACGGCGCCACCAACUACUUCUUCUCACCCACGCUGGUGGCUGACUGGUUCUACGAGUCCAUCAGCGUGGUCCUGGUGGAGAUCCAGAAGAAGCCCCAGCGCGGCAUGCCCCGCGUGGAGAAGGUGGAGCGGAACGGCACMAUCAUCUCCGUCAUCCUGGGCGUGGGCAGCAGCCGYAUGCUCUAUGACAUCKUGCCUGUGGUCUCCUUCAAGGGAUGGCCRGCGGUGGCCCAGAGCUGGCUGAUGGAGAACCACUUCUGGGAYGGCAARAUCACAGAGGAGGAGGUGAUCAGCGGCUUCUACCUGGUGCCUGCCUGCUCCCACAAGGGCCGUAAGGAGAAUGAGUGGCGCCUGUCKUUYGCCCGCAGYGAAGUGCAGCUCAAGAAGUGCAUCUCGGCCARCCUGAUGCAGGCCUACCAGGCRUGCAAGGCCAUCAUUAUCAAGCUGCUGUCAAGGCCCAAGGCCAUCAGCCCCUACCACCUGCGCAGCAUGAUGCUGUGGGCCUGCGAUCGGCUCCCCGCCACCUACCUGUCCCAGGAAGACUUCUCAGCCCACUUCCUGCUGGGCCUCAUCGACGACCUACAGAACUGCCUGGUCAACAAGAUGUGCCCCAACUACUUCAUCCCACAGUGCAACAUGCUGGAGCACCUGUCGGAUGAGAAGGCCAUGCUCCACGCCCGCAAACUCAGCUCGGUGCGCUCCGACCCGGCCGAGCACCUGCGCACCACCAUUGAGCACGCCAAGGCGGCCAACCGACUGACCCUGGAACUGCAUUGGCGCGGCAGUGCCUCAAACCUGCCGUCGCCACAGUCGGACGCGGGCGGCGAGCACCAGCCGGAUGACCGCUUGGCUAAGAAGCUGCAGCAGCUGGUGACGGAGAACCCCGGAAAGUCCAUCUCGGUGUUCAUCAACCCCGAUGACGUGACGCGGCCGCACUUCCGCAUCGACGACAAGUUCUUCUGAGACUUCAAAAUAGAAAAAAGCUAUUCUUCUCCUCCCCCCACAUCACCCAUUCUCCCUUUGACUAGAUCGAUCGGUCGAGUCGUCAAAUUAGUCGGUUUCCCAAGUAACGGUCGCCACAGAGCAUUGUGAGGUGCUUUUGAGCAAUGGUGUCUUCCCAUUUUGUUUACCUGUCCCCACACCCCACCAACCCUACAGUGCCCGUGUCACCUUGAGAAGUCCUUUACAGGACUACAUGAAACAGGUGGAAGAAGAGGUACUGCGUCUUGCCUCGGAUGGUUAAGGAAUGUCUUAGUCCCUGUAGGGGAACUGAUGGUACUAACGCCAUAACUGUACAUAGAGAGAGUUGAGUGGAUAUGUGUGUGUGGACUUUGAUCUUAUUUUGCACAGAAUGUAGAGGCACACAGUUAUCAUGUUGGAAGUGCUAUGAAGUGAAGUCUGAAAUGUUGCUUAUCUUUUAGGAAGGCAAUUUCAAUGGUCUUUUUUUUCCUCCACUGGGCUAAAUGCUCUGAUUUAUACCUACUGGUUUAGAGCUGUUAUUCCAAUAAGCUGUAUCACAAUGACAAGUUCUUUCUAACUUUACAUUCUCUGUAGUCAUGUCCAUGUCCUAUGUGUAUAGUGAACAGUUCCAGACGUAUCCCGAAUAUGCCAAACACCUGCAGAUAUCUGACCGGCAAUGUGAUACACAUAUCUUCAUCCUCAAGUGCAAUUAGUAAACAAACAAACACACACACACCACACCAUACCAUACAUAAAUGUGCUAACACUCAUCAUACACACUCCUGAUCAGUGAAAUGGUGAAUUUAAUACGUAUAUGUGAUAUUCUAGAACUCUGGGACGUUGUCAUUUUGUUUGUCUUUGUUAUAUGGAACUCUGAACCAUU